GGUACACUACUACUUCCGAAAGAGUCGGGGAAGGUCUCAUUGAGAAGAGAGAUCGCGUACUGUAAUUGUGAUGGUUGCAGAUAUGAAGGAAGAAGCGUUAGAUUCGCCCCUGGAUAAAAACCAUCUCUCAAAUAGAACGCCAAAAUGUACGCGCUGUAGAAAUCACGGGAUAUUAUCAGACCUUCGUGGCCACAAGCAUCAGUGCCGGUUUAAGGACUGCGCGUGCAACGAAUGCAUGAUUGUAGCUGAGAGGCAGAAGCUUACUGCCGCAAGAAUAGCGCUGUACCGUCAGCAACGAAUUGACGAACCCGAAAUGAGAAUCAACGGGGAAGACGCUCACAGCCUAGUGAUGCACCCAAACGGAAUGUGGAAUGGUGAAGCAGACAAAUCUCUGGAUUCGAGUUUCGGUAAAAGAAAAUACCCGCCGUCGACUGACUCUGGCUCAAACAGUCCCGGCAGCGACCAGAGUACAUCCACAAACGGACUCAAGCGCCGCGCCCUGGAUUCCCCGCCUCUUCUCACAAACGGCGCCAGCAACGGAUCCGUACCGCUUCCACAGGACGUUUUAUGCCGUGCAUUCCCCAACUACACUCAAGCGGCGCUGGAUAUCGUCCUCAAGGGCUGUAACGGUAACCUCAUGCACGCGAUUGAGGUGAUCACACAGUGCGAGACCACUAGUUCCAGACAAAGCCCUCAUCUACAGCCCCCGGUCAUUCCAAGCAGCGGGGAGCCUGGCACUAUGAAUCCUCUAAUACCACCCUUGUAUAAAAUGAACUACAUGAAUGGACAAUACAGGUUUCUGAUGCCUCCCCCUGGUAUGAUGCCUUUGGGUUUCUCCAUGCUGCCGCCUGGUGGUGCCCCCCCUUAUUUUCCGCCGCAGUCAAUGAGUACACCUGCUUACGAGGACGGGGCAAGCAAUAGUCACCACACGGAGAGACCGCUGGACGGAGAAAGAGAUACCGCGGUCGUACCGAAGACGGAGCAUGUCGAGCCAAGUGUGUCGCUAACGAAUGGGAACGCUUCCUCGCCAAGAAAACGCUGUAAAUACUGCGUGACGGAACUGAGAGAUAGUGAUAGGGCCUGCCACCAAUGUGGAAGACUCGCUCUAUAAACCUGAAAUAUAGCAGAGAAAUUAGUGCACUACUUUACUUGUGGAGCGUGGAUGUUUUCCCGUUUGCUCCAAUGAUAGUUUUGAUAAAGUAUUUCUAAUAUUUUAUAUGAAUUCAAAGGACUCGAAAGAGCGAAAUAAUUUUAUUUUUAACGUCUAGUAAUAUUUUCUUAUGAUAUUUUAUUGAUCGAUAUCGUUGUACUAAUAACAUUUGAUGUUAUGUUAGUUCUAUUACGCAUUAUUUAUUAUUUUAUUUAUAGCUAAGCCUUUUAUCACUGCAUUUGCAGUUUCUUAAGAAUCUCAUUUGAGAGUUAAAAUCACCAGAUGAUUAAAUUUUGCAUAGAAAAAAAUACUUUUGGUAAUAAAUUGAAAAACAUGU